UAUACUUCCUUCUGUCUAUGAUUAGAUAAGCAUAAAGCCCUAGAUCUAAGCUUCGCUGUCUUCUCCCUCCCUCCCUUUCUCUUCCUCUCAUUCAUUUCAUACACACUGGCUCACACGUCUUCUCUCUCUCUCUCUCUCUCUCUCUCUCUCAAAAUGACAAUUCUAGGUACAACUUUUGCUGUGUUUUUUUCUUUACUUCAAGUCGUUUCUGGAGAAAGUGGCUAUGCACAGAAUGGAGACUUGGAAGAUGCAGAACUGGACGACUACUCAUUCUCAUGCUAUAGCCAGUUGGAAGUGAAUGGAUCCCAGCACUCGCUGACCUGUGCUUUUGAGGACCCAGAUGUCAACACCACCAAUCUGGAAUUUGAAAUAUGUGGGGCCCUCGUGGAGGUAAGGUGCCUGAAUUUCAGGAAACUACAAGAGAUAUAUCUCAUCAAAACAAAGAAAUUCCUAUUGAUUGGAAAUAGCAAGAUAUGUGUGAAGGCUGGAGAAAAGAGUCUAAACUGCAAAAACAUAAAUCUAGCCACUAUAGUUAAACCUGAGGCUCCUUUUGACCUAAGUGUCAACUAUCGUGAAGGAGCCAAUGACUUUCUGGUGACAUUCAAUACAUCACACUUGCAAAAGAAGUAUGUAAAAGUUUUAAUGCAUGAUGUAGCUUACCGCCAUGAAAAAGAUGAGAACAACUGGAUGCACGUGAAUUUGUCCGGCACAAAGCUGACACUCUUGCAGAGAAUGCUCCAACCAAAAACAACGUAUGAGAUUAAAGUUCGAUCCAUCCCUCAUGAUUAUUUUAAAGGCUUCUGGAGUGAAUGGAGUCCAAGUUAUUACUUCAGAACGCCAGAGAUCAAUAAUCACUCAGGGGAGACGAAUCCUAUCUUACUAACCAUCAGCAUUUUGAGUGUUUUCUCUGUGGUUGUGUUGGUCAUCUUGGCCUAUGCGUUAUGGAAAAAAAGGAUUAAGCCUAUUAUAUGGCCUAGUCUCCCAGAUCAUAAGAAGACUCUGGAACAUCUGUGUAAGAAACCAACAAAGAAUUUAAUAGUGAGUUUCAAUCCUGAAAGUUUCCUGGACUGCCAGAUUCAUAGGGUGGAUGACAUUCAAGCUAGAGAUGAAGUGGAAGGCUUUCUGCAAGAUACAGUUCCUCCACAACUAGAGGAAUCUGAGAUGCAGAGGCCUGCAGGGGACGUGCAGAGCCCCAGCUGGCCAUCUGAGAAUGUAGCCACCACCCCAGAAACUUUUGGAAGAGAUCCACCCCUCAGAUGCCUGGCUGGGAAUGUCAGUGCAUGUGAUGCCCCUAUACUCUCCUCUUCCAGGCCCCUAGAGUGCAGAGAGAGUGGCACGAAUGGGCCACAUGUGAACCAGGACCUCCUCCUUAGCCUCGGAACUGCAAAUAGCACCCUGCCGCCUUCAUUUCCUCUCCAAUCCAGAAUCCUGACAUUGAACCCAGUUGCUCAGGGGCAGCCCAUCCUUACUUUCCUGGGAUCAAAUAAAGAAGAAGCAUACGUCACCAUGUCCAGCUUCUACCAAAACCGGUGAAGUAUAAGAAACCCAGACUGAACUCACC